AUUGUGAGACUACUUCCCAUCUCUAGUCCUAACGUGUACUCCUUUUGCACGGCUUCUGCUUAUUUACUACCCAUGAAACGCACCCUCACCUACCGUACCGUCACCGUACACUGGAGGAACGUGGCGACCGUCGCCGUCCUUCUCACUGCCCUGCUGAUCGCCAUCGGCGGAGGUUUCCUUACCAAGUCGCUGAGCGAACGCACCUACAACACCUGUACGCACGUUUACAAAGAUGUGACCUAUUACGACAACAAUCUCGUACCGGGCGUCUGCAUCGGUAUUAUCAUAAACAUCCUCGGUCUCUUGUGGGGCAUCUUAGUCGCUCUCGUUCUUGCGAACGGUGAAAACGAGUCGAGACUGGAAUGUGGAUGCUUACUCGGUUCCCUUGAAGACGGCAAAAAUUUGGUUUCGGUUGUGGGUGUUAUGCUGCCCACCCACUCGUAGUCCUACGCCUGCAGCCCGUACCCUCGUGGACUUGCGCGAAGCCUUUGCGUGAUAACUUCAACGGUACAGUGCUUGGGAAUUCUCUGGGUGCAAGAGCCGUACCAAAAGGGUAAGGUGUCCCGCUUGAUAUCUUUAUCGGACGGCGCGCCGCAGCUGUGAUUCUUCACCGCAUCUUCUUCGUUCCCUUCUGCCUAACUUUCUUCCCAACGCAAUUGCGAGCAGCUCUGUACAGUACAGUACUACGUAUGUACAUACGCCGACCACCACCAGGUAACAACAGCAAUCCGUCACCGUUCUCAGCUUCAUUACCACAGCACUGACACGAGUUUUUUACACAAAGCUAUCAC